UGACCAAAAUGUGCAAUCCGCAUUCCGACCUGCGAAAGGCAGCAAUACGCAACACAGCGUCGCGUCUGCCGGAAAGCUACACGAAGAAGAUCUAUUUACCACUGAAAUAAAGGUGGGAGGAAAACUAAAGAGGAAAAUACAAUUUAGGUGGUUCUCAGCUCUCUGCCAUGUCUUUGGAGAAGACCUCCGAUCUGGCCAAUGAGAACACAUGUCUGCCGUCCUCACUGACCCUUGACCUCCGCUCCCCACAUAGUGCUCUGCUUGAUUCUGACCUGAGCAAGAAGGCCAAAGGCAUCUCCUCCACCAAGAAGCGGCACAACUAUGCCACAUCCACUCCUCUGGACCUGCUGAAUGGCACCAAGGUCGGCAAUGACAUCGAUGAGGAUGAGUCCAGUCAGCAGCGAGAGGAGGAGAGGGUCCGGAACCAGGAGAACGAGCAGGGCCAGCACGGCACAGGGACCAAUGCCAAGUGGCUCAAGGAGGAUCAGAAUCAACUGCGCAAGGUGGCAGAGAGGCAGCAGGACCAGAAUAGAAAUUCUGACCAAGAUCUGAAUCACAACGAGAGCCCAGAAGGAAACCCCAACCAGAACUCUUUAGUGGUGGACCAGCAGGAAGAGGACAGUGAGCAGAACCCAUCUUCUAAGACCCUGAGGUCCCUGUGCUCUGACCUGAAUGAGCCUCUGCUGAUCGAAACCUCCGAGGCCCCUCAUGGGAAGGAGGAGAAAGAGGAGGAUGGGGAUGAGGAAGAGCCUCUACUUCUUCCAACAGGUGGAGAGAGGGACACUGACUCGUCUGAGGCGCAAAGUAGCAGUGAGUCUCGGCGAGAUGACAGUAGAGAAGUCAAGGAAACCUGCCUGCUGUUUCAUGGCAGAAAUGCUGCACCCAGUGAUGAGGACUCCAGCUGUAUGUCACUGUCUCAGGGCAGCACAGCCAACAGCACGCCAGAUGGUGACCCAGAGUCUUACUGGGAUCGCAGUGCAUUUGAGACUGACACAGACCUGCCUGCAGGGUGGAUGCGGGUCAGAGACGAGUCCGGUACCUACUACUGGCACAUCCCCACAGGCACCACCCAGUGGGAGCCCCCUUCUCCCCUAGAGGAGGGAGAAGCCCCAGAGAGACCCUCCAGUACCUCCCCUGCCAUCACACCCAGUGAGGAGCCACAGUUGACGUGGAGUAGUCUCACCCAGUCCCGCCCCAACAGGUUUAAUGACGAGGAGUUCUGGAAGGAGGAAGAUGCGAUGGCUGAUCAGACCCUGAAGGAUUUUGAAGGAGCCACAUUGCGUUAUGCCUCUAUCAAUCUCAGCUGUUCACAGUCUGAAGGAAAGGAGAAGAUGCAUUCACUCAUCAAUGACCUGGACGCUAAGGUUUUUGCGGUGCGGUCUCUGGGCUGGGUGGAGAUAUCAGAGGAGGAGAUGGCUCCAGGGAAGAGCAGCGUAGCUGUCAACAACUGCAUCAGACAGCUCUCCUACCACAAACACAACCUGCAUGACACGGCUGGGAUCUGGGGAGAGGGAAAAGACAUGCUCCUUGUUCUGGAGAAUGAGACAUUGAACCUGAUUGAUCCGUUGGGCCAGACUCUGCUGCACACCCAGCCUAUCGUCAGCAUCCGAGUGUGGGGAGUGGGCCGGGACAACGGCAGGGAGAGGGACUUUGCCUACGUCGCGAGAGACAAACUGACUCAUGUUCUGAAGUGCCAUGUGUUCAGAUGUGACACACCUGCUAAGAACAUUGCCACGAGCAUGCAUGACAUCUGCUCUAAGAUAAUGGCCCAGAGGAAAUCAUCCAAGUCCUCUCUGAACAGACUCAACAUAGACCCCUCUAAACUGGUGGACAUUCCUUUCCAGGAAUUCCCUGCACCAAAGAAUGAGCUAGUCCAGUGCUUCCAGGUACGUUACCUGGGUACCGUGCCGGUGGCUAAACCCGUAGGUAAGGAACGCUUUGGUAUGGACCUAGUCAACGUAGCCCUAGACACAGCAAUGAAUUCCAAAGAGAAGGAUGAGUGGACGCCAGUUACUGUGAAUGUGGCUUCAGCCACACUUACAAUAGUCACAGCUGAGACAGAGGAAGUUCUGUUUGAGUGCCGCGUGCGGUUCCUGUCCUUCAUGGGCGUGGGGAAGGACAUCCACACUUUUGCCUUCAUCAUGGCCGAGGGCCACGGGGACUUCAUCUGCCACAUGUUCUGGUGUGAGCCCAACGCUGCCAGCCUCAGUGAGGCUGUGCAGGCCGCCUGCAUGCUGCGCUACCAGAAGUGUCUUGACGCCAGGCCCCCCAGUACCAGCUCCUGCCUGCCAGGGCCGCCGGCCGACUCCGUGGCACGUCGUGUGGGCUCCAGUGUCAAGAAGGGGGUUCAGAGCCUGCUGGGCAGCUUCAAGAGGUCUGGGUCCCAGACGCCCUGAGAGGUGCCAACCAACUAACCCACUCCACUCCUCCCCCAGGCCCAACCCACCAUGCCAGCCAUGGCACUCCUCACUCCUCCACCCUGAGGUGUUAUGGUAUAACCUGCUUCCCUCUCAACACCUGUCAUCUCUUUUAGAUGUGAUGUCAGAGGCAUGGGCAGUGUGGGCUGCCUGUGGGGUUGGGGUAUCAGUAAGCCUAGCACUGCCCACAGCUGCUCCAUGCUUUUCACUUCCUUCACUUCAUCCUUGGUUGGACAAGUAGGCCAUGUUUUCCUUCCCUUGUUUGUUUAAUCUGUCAGUUAUUAAGAGGAAACUGCUUGACUCUUGGAUAGAGGUUUGAAUGACAGCAAUAGUUGGUUAAACUUGGUCUAGUUUACCAACACUAAUUAUGCUUAGGAAAACAGUACUGUUCUGUAACAUUGUCUCUGCUAUUUGUUUUGCAGAACAAAUAUAGUAUAUUAUUUGUGAAGAUAGAAAUGGAAGAUGUGCAAUUGAAUUGUGAAUGUUGUUGAACUCAUGCCAUUAGCUUGUGGCACUCAUGUUGGUUUUCAUUUAAAAAUAGAUUUUAAAGAAAUUAUUGAGAAACAAAAUGGCAUGAGAAGUCUGUAUAAUAUGCAUCAUGGUGGAUGUCUGAGUGUCAGAGGUGGAAGAACUGAGACUUGCUAGCUACCAAUAUAAUAUUCUGCAAAUAAAAUGCUAAUCUUUUGGGGCAUUAAAAUC